AUGGUGCCGACCUCUCGACGCGGACGCAGGAAUAACAUUAGAGACUUGGAACUCACGCCGUUCCAGCCGUCACCGAACAACUCCAUCUCGACGUGGAUCCAGAAAGUUGACCUCGUCCUCGAAGGUGCGCGUGUAUCUGGACGUGGCGGAUGGACGGACGGCGAGCUUUACUACAUUGUGGGUAACAAACUGCAAGAUGACGCAGCGCGCUUCUGGUUGCAAGUUGAUCAAGGAAUGAGGCCCGAGAUGAGGACCUGGUCAUAUUUGAAAGCGGCAUUGAAGAGACGGUAUGGUGAACGGCCUGACAAAUCGCAAGCGGAGCUACGUGUGAACCAGAGGUUCCUUAUGCCUGGAGAGACGUUCGCAGAUUUCGCAGCCGGAUUACGAGAUGCACACGGGGAAAACAAGGUCAGCGAACGUGUGUUACAGGCGCAGUUCAUCAGAAGCCUGCCCAAGACCACCAGACAGUUAGUUCUAGAGAGUAAACCGAAGACGCUCGACGAGGCCGUGGAUAAAGCGACUGAAGUGGACGACCCGUUCGAUAAUGUAGCACAAGGGAUGAAAAACAUCGGCCAAGAGUGGAUUACUGCGCAGAUGGCUUACCCAGCGGCAGUGGGGGCGGCUUCAGGGCAUCCGGUGGUAAUUCCUGGUGUUGGUGGACGGGACGCGACGAGCACGACGGCGAUGGCGGUACCUACGGACCCGGAAUGGGCGAUCUUUUCGAAUCCGCAGGGGUUAUGGAACAAAUUCACCGGCGUCUGGGAUAUACCGGAAGGGAGAGUUUGGAAUGGACGUUACUGGGCGGUUCGGCCAAACCGUAAACGCAUGACGAAGCCGGCAGUUGAAGAUUCCGUGACGAAAACACCGGCGGUGGCGAAGACUGAGAAGAAGAGCGUUGCCAAGGUCAGAAUGGUACGCGUGGAAGACAGCAAUGACGAGGAAACAAGUGAGGAUGUCCUGGUCGAUGCAGCGGCUUCGGCACGCCCUGCCAAGCGCCAUAAGAUGACGAAGCGUUUGAAGGCCACGACCCGCACCAUACGGGCGACGGAACAACCACUACAGCCGGCAGAGACACGACCAAUAGCUCGACCCAUGGCCCAAGUGGCGUGCUACGCUUGUGGAAGGCCUGGUCACUUCGCAAAAGAAUGCCCGGAUACGGAAGCGAAGGCACGCAACGACGCUUACCUGGCGGCACGCACGCAGAAGCUCCCGGAGAAGGAAAACGAAGAACGGGCGCCACCCCUACAAACGGAGGAGACGGACGAUGACGGAAACCAGGAGGAGAAGAAGCCCCUAGUGAUCGACGACGUCGAAGAUGAGUGUGCAGUGACGAACGAUAGGACGGUGCGAACGGACGGGAGUAUAGCAGCCGUGCAGACGACGAUAGGUGCUCAAUUGGAUAGUGAUCUUGGCGCGCGUGACGAGCAACGAGCGGCAAGGUAUGUGUCAACGGUGAGACCAGCAAUGGCAGCACUACGCUACGGAAGGAAGCGUAAGGAAGAGAGACAAAGCGAGGUGCGGUCGACUGAGGAAGGCGGUAGCCGGAUGACAGACGAACGACAGGCUGAGGAAGGCGCGGCACCUGACAAUGAGCAUGAGGGCGGCUCGACGACGGUGGCCUUGGAUGACAAAAUGGUCGUUGAUGAAGCAGAGACGCCAGACCCGACGGAACCCCACUGGAAAACUACGGCUGCUGUCGACACUUUAUCGAAAACGACGGCCAUAGGUGUGGAUGACGACGAGGUGGCACGAGCAGUGACUGAGUUGGAGGCGGAAACACGUGCACGGCGGCGACAACAGGAAGUGGAUGCCCGACGGGAACUGGCGGAACGAUGGAAACGCGGCGGAGGUAGUGCAGCUCAGGAUGAAACGGGCCGGGUGAACGUGAACCUGGUGCGAACUUCUGAGGUGUUGGUGGUAGCAGACGGUAACCGUGGGCUUGUAGACAAUGCAGAAGCGCGAGAUGGUUUGCCUACGGCCACGAUGACGAUUGAAGGCGAGCGAAGAGCAGUGAAGAUCGAUAGUGGCGCCCGAUACUCGGUGGCCGGCACGGACUGGAUGCUGAAGGGCGAACGGGUGAAGAAAGCGGCUCCGGUUGACUGUGUCGAAGACAUCGGUGGCUUCUUAUUCGACGUACUCGGCCUGUGGCAGUUUCGUAUGCAGAACGUGUUCGGGCAGACAGUGGAAGUUACAGCAUGUAUUAUCGAGGGCUGUACCAGCGAGUUUCUGGUAGGCGUUGAUUUCUUGGAGAAGCACCGUGCGACGUUGGACUUCGAAGGUGGCGAACUCCGUUACGACGAGAAGGACCAAAACGUCGUUAUCCCGUUCCACAUGAGUGAUGAAGGCCAGACGGCGAAUGUGCGAUUAGUUGGUGCAGCGAACCUGGAACGGCGAGCCGUACAGCCCGUAGAAGUGUCCGUCGCGGCUCCAGAAGGAGAAGAAGGUGUGUUUAUUCCGGCGUUCGAGACCGGUGCAGUGUUGUUGGCACCAGCAGUGACGAAAGUACGCAACGGGAAAGCCAUAAUACCGGCGGUGAAUGCGUAUGGAGGACGCGUGAAGCUGCCUAACCGCAAGGAGCUCGGCACAUGGAUUCCACUUCAGACUGAUAUGCCGUUGUUGGCGAUGAAUGGAGAACUUCGAACGGAGAGGCUAGAAGAGUGGCUAAGCAAAUUGGGUGACACAGUGACACCUCUGGAAAACGAAAGUGACGUGCAUAUCGGCGUGGAGGUUGAAGCUACGCGCGAGCUGGUUCUGAAAUUACUACGAUCGUUCCGGAAGUUGACGGAAGCACCAAAGGAUUGCCCGCCGGCGACGACCCUCGAGGUAGAACACCACAUCGAUACUGGUGACGCUGCCCCGAUACUGAUGAAACGACGUCGGCAGGCCCAGACUGAGGACGCUACCAUUGAGGAGAACGUGGACACGAUGCUGAAGGCUGGCGUCAUUGAAGAGAGCAAUGGGGCGUGGGGAUUCCCAGUAGUGUUGGUCAAGAAGAAGGACAGAUCCGUACGAUUCUGCAUUGACUAUCGUGCAUUAAACAGGGUAACGAAGAAGGACGUUUACCCGCUACCGAGAAUAGACGAAACGUUGGAGGCGUUGGGCGGUGCAAGACUGUUUACCACUCUAGACCUGCAGGCUGGUUAUUGGCAAAUUAAGCGUCUCAUGAAUGGUGUGUUACGGGGUCUCACAUGGACUACGUGUCUGGUGUACUUGGACGACAUCGUAAUAUUCACCAAAGGCAACGUUGAGCAGCAUGUGGUUGAAGUGGCGAAUGUGUUGGAACGGUUGAACAGUGCGGGGUUGAGCCUCAAACUCAAGAAAUACAAUUUUGUGUCGGAGUCGAUGGAGUAUCUGGGACACACGCUAAGCAGCGAAGGCGUGCAACCAACAGAGCGACUCGUAAGAGCGGUGAAGGACUUCCCGAGACCGGUCGACGCUACGGAAGUCAAGAGGUUUGUCCACCUUGCGGGCUACUACCGAAAAUUCAUAGCCGGCUUUGGAUCGAUUGCAGAGCCGAUGACGCGACUAUUGAAAAAGAACUGCCGGUGGGAAUGGACCGAGGACCAGGAGCAGGCGUUUGAACGAAUUAAGGCCCUGCUAACUACGCGACCUUUGCUACGGUAUCCGGACUUUGGACGCACGUUUCGACUGGUGACGGAUGCCAGUAAGACAGGAUUAGGCGCCUGCCUCAUGCAAGAUUUCGGGCACGGAUGGCAGCCGGUGGCCUACGCUUCGAAGGUGAACAGCGGCGCGAAUCUAAUUAUUCGAUUACUGAACUCGAGUGUCUGGCGGUGGUCUGGUCGGUGA